UAUGCUCCUCUAAUGCUUCUUUACAGCGAGAAGCAAACGAUCGAUUAUCUUAUGUCAGUGUUCCAGCGGCUUGUGGAGAGGAAUGUUGUGGUAAUGGACAUUGCUCAUAUCAGCAAAUGCCCGUGGAGGGGAUUUUGGACGAACGCUCUCUGUAAUUACUUGCUCUCAAGUAAUUACAUGCUUCUUGCCAGUACGCGACCGUUUGAGGCACUGCUGGAUUAUGGAGAACGCGAUGGAAGGAAGCAUCAUCUUGAAGUGGAGCGAGCAAGAAAUUCAUGGAUGGAGAUGGAUUGGAUGCGCAGCCGCAACGGAAGGAGAAAGUUUUUGCGUGCUGGAGAGUGGUAUCAUGCUGUGGCACACACAUCGCUGAUGUGCAUUUGCGCAGCUGUGAUGAAGGCAAGAAGCAACGUGGCUGCUCGAGAACUGUAUUCUAAUGCGGAGAAGAUCCGAGUUUUCGAAGGCCAAAGUCUCCGCACCUGAGAUUUCUGCGAGAAUCAGUGGGACAAGCACCACGGAAGAAAUUGUAUUUCUUCUCGUCAGUGGACCACCAGUUCUAACGAGACUGGACUAAGUGCGACCCCACCGUAGCGUCUUCGUCUUGUUCAUUCUCCAGUGCUCUUAGAGGUCACUAUAUAACGUAACCCGGAUCAUCCAAAAUCCGAACUUGGAAAGCGGAAUGGCCAUCUCUGGUCUUUUUUUCAUAGCUCUAAGCAUCGUCUCGUGGAACAAGGCAGCAGGCAUCGAGGACAAGCGUCAGGUACUUCACGGCCAUCUUUCUACAUAUAUUUACUACUUGGUUCUGUUUUCGCAGAUUUAUAUCGUGUACCUCGGUGGAAAAGGGAGUCGCCACAGUUUGCAGCUGGUCCACAGACACGGCAAGAUUCUCGAUUCUGUCAAAAGCAGGCAAGAAGUUAUCGUGCUCCAAAGUAUAGCCCGGACUGACUUUAAAACUUACACGACAGUGAAGUCGAGUCCCCUGAGAUCGUGUACAGCUACAAGCAUGGAUUUGAUGGAUUUGCUGCCAGGAUGACCCCGAAGCAGGCAAAAGCUAUUGCAGGAAUGCGGGACGUGGUCAGUGUGUUCCCGAGCAAAACUCUGCAGCUGCAUACAACGCGGUCCUGGGACUUCCUGGAAACGUUUUCGACGGGUCUCUCAUACUCGAGACGCAGACUUGGAGCGGGAGCCGAUGUCAUCGUUGGCGUGAUGGACACGGGUAUAUGGCCAGAGUCUGCAAGUUUCAGCAAUGAUGGAAUGUCAUCUCCUCCCAGCCGAUGGAAAGGAUUCUGCAACAACGCCGGUGUGAAUCCCGUGAAAUGCAACAACAAGAUCAUCGGAGCUCGUUUCUACAACGCGGAGAGCGCAAGAGAUGAAAUAGGCCACGGAUCACACGCUGCAUCCACCACGGCUGGCAGCGUCGUCUCCAACGCGAGCAUGAAGGGUGUUGGCAGUGGAACAGCCAGGGGUGGACUUCCAUCGGCCAGGCUCGCAGUGUACAAAGUGUGUGGGAUCGAUGGCUGUCCCAUUGCAGACGUCCUCAAGGCCUUUGAUGACGCUAUGGACGACGGGGUGGAUAUACUAUCGCUUUCGCUUGGUACCUUGCCGCGGAGCUACGACGAGGAUGGCAUCGCGAUUGGAGCCUUCCAUGCCAUCCAGCACAACAUCACUGUGGUUUGCUCCGCUGGGAAUUCGGGUCCCGACGAAUCGUCCGUCUACAACUCGGCCCCUUGGAUUUUCACGGUCGGAGCAAGCACCAUUGACAGGUCCAUUGCGUCCGACGUCUAUCUUGGAGAUGGAAAGACUCUACGAGGAACGGCCUUGAGCUUUCAAGCUCAGAAGGAAUCACCUUACAGCCUCGUCCUUGGCUCUUCCAUUCCUGCUAAUGAAUCUAUCCAUGCCUCAGCAGCCAGCACCUGUGAUCCAGACAGUCUAAAUCCCAAGCAAGUAGAGAACAAGAUCGUCGUCUGCGAGUUCGAUCCCGACUAUGUUUCCACGAAAGCAAUCGUGACAUGGUUGCAGAAGAACAAUGCCGCUGGUGCCAUUCUCAUAAACGACUUCCACGCAGAUCUCGCUAGCUACUUCCCCUUGCCUACGACCAUCGUGAAAACAGCCGUGGGAGUCGAGCUGUUAUCCUACAUGAACAGCACCACCUCACCAGUCGCUACACUGACACCGACAGUGGCAGAGACUUCCAGUCCAGCUCCAGUAGUUGCCGGAUUCUCUUCAAGAGGUCCAAACUCCAUCAGCGAAGAUAUAAUCAAGCCUGAUAUUACUGCUCCAGGAGUAAACAUCCUUGCGGCCUGGCCGGAUAUCGUUCCAGCGUACUAUGAGAACUACGACACGAACAAGCCCGUUUUUGUCAAGUAUAACUUCGCCUCCGGAACCUCCAUGGCGUGUCCUCACGUCGCGGGAGCCUUGGCCAUGCUAAAGUCUGCGUAUCCUUCUUGGAGUCCCGCGGCUCUAAGAUCGGCGAUCAUGACCACAGCGACAACUCAAAACGACGGCAUACUCGACUAUGAUGGAAGCCUGAGCAAUCCAUUUGCUUACGGCUCCGGCCAGAUCGAUCCCUUGAGGUCUCUAAGUCCAGGACUGGUCUACGACGCAACACCCUCCGACUACGUCGCCUAUCUCUGUGCCACUGGCUACAGUGAGAGCAAAGUCAGGAUGAUCGCAGGACAGAAGAACACGAGUUGCUCCAUGAAGAAUUCCAACCUCAACUAUCCUUCCAUCGCCUUCCCGAGAUUGAGCGGCACACAGACCGCUACCAGGUACCUGACGAGCGUGGAUUCUUCUUCGUCCUCCUCGACUUACAAAGUAACAGUCAAGACACCAUCGACGCUGAGCGUGAGAGUGGAGCCAACGACGCUCACAUUCUCGCCAGGAGCAACGCUGGCCUUCACUGUUACUGUUUCGAGCAGCUCCGGCAGCGAGAGAUGGCAGUUUGCAUCCAUAACUUGGACGGAUGGGCGACACACGGUGUCCAGCCCCGUUGCUGUGAAGACCAUGGCUUGCUCAUGAUUCUUAUGGAGUAGACGGGGUUGCGAGGCAGAAGAGUUGACAGCAUGCCUUUCACUCCCGACGACGUUUCAUGUGACUACACAACGUUGUGGAGUGUGGGAACGAGUAGUCAGUAACAUCUUCUACUUACAACAUGGUCAAACGCUCAAGAUUCGAGCAAAUCCUUA